AUGUUCACCACCUUCGCCACCGCCCUCCUCGCGUCCACGCUGCUGGCCGCCGACUUUCAGGCCUCGAGCGCCGCGGCCACCAACUACGCCGGCGGUUGGUCCACGGCCGAGUGUGUGGACAUCUGCUCGGCGCCGUCCAAGACGUGCCUGACUUCCGCCGCCGACUGCCUGGCCAAGACCGAGACGCCCGGCGACUUCGACUACCUCGUGCUGGAGCAGCUCUUCGUGCCGCAGUUCUGCCGCGACUUGCUCAAGGGCGUCGACUCCACCAUCUCGCACCAGAACAUCGACGUGUACCCGAACGGCACGGCCUGCGUGCCGAGCGUGGUCAAGAGCGAGCUGACGAUCCACGGCCUGUGGCCCAACUACAACGACGGCUACGUGAGCUGCUGCAACCCGAGCGCGUCGGUGGCCAACGACCCCUACAACGCCCACGACUUCGCCGCGGCCCAGAGCACGCUGCUGGCCACCAUGGGCCAGAAGUGGGUGGACGCCACGCAGGCCACCACGUACGACUCGCUGUGCGAAAUCUACAACCACGAGUUCCAGAAGCACGGGCUCUGCUACGCCGCGGCCGGCGACGACUACAUCUCGGCCGCUGUGACCUACUUCGAGGCCACGCUCAACACGGCGGAGCGCAUCAGCUCGGCCACCGAGCAGAUCAACAAAUGGGCGGCCCAGGCCACCCCGCAGACGACGCUGGCAGAGAUCGAGGCGCUGUACGACCACAGCGUCAUGGUGCUGUGCUCGGCCGUGGACGGCAACAACCAACUGUCGGCCAUCCGCACGUGCUACCAGAAGCCUUCCAACAUCACGAACGAGGGCCCGACCACGCAGAUCGACUGCGCUGCUGCCACGGCCACCUCCACGUUCUCCGUCUGCUCCAGCGACUCGCCGAUCACGCUGACGGCGUACACCUCGGCUUAG